ACAAAAUUGAAGUCACCAGCGGCGGAGGAAGAGAGUCAAACAGCCGCGCCAACGUGACCGGUGACCGAACUCUGUAACUUUUUUAAAUAAAGAGAAAAAGAUCGCAGUUUUCCACUCCGCCAUCGUACACGCCAUCGCGUGUCUCGCUGUAACGCUGCUCACUGUCGCCUUCUUCCUAUUUAAGAGGUUCGUCCCAUAGCGCAGCUGAGACAAGUUGAGGGACAGUAAUAGUAAAGCUGAGAGAUUCUCUUACCGGCCAUUACUGCGUUUUUCAGAUACAAAGAGCUCUCUAUCUCUCCUCUUUGUUGUAGAGAUUCGGGCGUUGAGGAACACACCGGGACGUCGUCGCUGCGGUGUUCGGAGAUUUUAGAUCAGAGGGCCUGUUUCUCUGUAAUCUCCCUCGGAUUCCUCUUAUUAAGUAAAAAAAUAGACAACUUUCCACUUGUUGUUACUUUUAAAAACAGCGAAGGAAACUAACAGUUUGACCCUUUUACAUCAUCUCCCAUCUUUCUUUUUGCCCUCACUCUCGAAGCUUCAACAAUGGAAGAAGCAAAACUAGAAGUCUCAAGGUUUAAAUCUUCUUCAAGUAGGCUCCCAGACUUCAAACAAUCUGUCAAGCUAAAAUAUGUGAAGCUCGGUUACCACUACCUUAUCGCCCAUGGCAUGUACCUUGUCCUGGUUCCCUUUGUUGGAGUUAUGGCCGCCCAUCUCUCCACCUUCUCCCUCGAAAACCUGUAUAAUCUUUGGGAGCAACUCCGUUUCAACCUCAUCUCAGUCAUUAUAUGCUCCACCCUCCUCGUCUUCCUCUCCACACUCUACUUCCUCAGUCGCCCCAAGCCAGUCUAUCUCGUCAACUUCGCCUGCUAUAAACCUGAGGACUCCAACAAAUGCAGUCGCCAAUUGUUUGUACAUAUGUCGCAGUCGAAAGGUUCAUUCACAAAAGAAAAUGUCGAAUUCCAGCGAAAAAUCAUUGAAAGAUCCGGCCUUGGUGAAUCCACCUAUCUUCCUGAAGCAAUCAUGAAUGUUCCACCCAAUCCUUCAAUGGCCAUGGCCAGGAAGGAAGCUGAGGUUGUCAUGUUUGGUGCACUUGAUGAGCUCUUUGCAAAGACUAAUCUGAAACCGAAGGAUGUAGGCAUACUGAUUGUGAAUUGCAGCUUGUUCAAUCCAACCCCUUCCCUGUCUGCCAUGAUUGUGAACCGCUACAAGCUCAGGGGAAACAUUUUGAGCUAUAAUCUGGGUGGGAUGGGCUGCAGUGCAGGAUUAAUCUCAAUUGAUCUUGCAAAACAGCUCCUUCAAGUCAAUCCAGAAUCCUAUGCUUUGGUUGUUAGCAUGGAGAACAUCACUUUGAACUGGUAUUAUGGCAACAAUCGCUCCAUGCUUGUUUCUAAUUGUCUUUUCCGCAUGGGCGGAGCUGCAGUUCUCUUAUCAAACAAGAGAUCUGAUCGGUGGCGGUCCAAGUAUCAGUUGGUUCAUACGGUUCGAACACAUAAAGGAGCUGAUGAGAAGUGCUACACUUGUGUGACACAGGAAGAAGAUGUUGAUGGGGAGAUUGGCGUCUCUCUUUCAAAGGAUCUGAUGGCAGUGGCUGGUGAUGCAUUGAAAACCAACAUCACUACUAUGGGUCCUCUUGUCCUUCCCAUGUCAGAACAGUUGCUAUUCUUUGCUACUUUGGUGGGGAGGAAGCUUCUCAAGAUGAAGAUUAAGCCAUACAUCCCAGAUUUUAAGCUGGCCUUCGAGCAUUUUUGCAUUCAUGCAGGUGGAAGGGCAGUGUUGGAUGAGCUGGAGAAGAACUUGCAGCUUUCAGAGUGGCAUAUGGAGCCUUCGAGGAUGACACUCUAUAGAUUUGGAAACACAUCAAGUAGCUCUCUUUGGUAUGAAUUGGCUUACAGUGAAGCUAAGGGAAGGAUUAAGAAGAGGGAUACUGUUUGGCAGAUUGCAUUUGGUUCUGGAUUCAAGUGCAACAGUGCAGUAUGGAAGGCUUUGAAGACUGUGAAUCCUGCAAAAGAGAAGAACCCAUGGAUGGAUGAGAUUGAUAACUUUCCGGUUGCAGUUCCUAAGGUAGCGCCGGUUGAAGCUUGAUACUGGUUUCGUUCUACACUUCUGUUAUUUGUUGGGUUUAUUCUUUAUCAUUAUAGUUAUUCAGAAAAGUGUCAUUUGUGGUUUCUCUUGUCAUUGUUUGUUGGGGAAUUAGCAGAAGAGGAAAAUUUUAAUGCUUUUAGUGGGUAGAUUUGGCUAUUGGUUCAUUAGAAAGCAAUGUUUUAUUAUGUUAUGGAGGAUAUAGGCCCUGAUAUCAAACAGACCAGCUAUUCUGUUCUAUUUGUUUUAAUUGUAUUGUUUUAACAUAUAAACUUGUGUCCUGUGGCAAGGUUUCAUUCAUAUUAUUUUGUUCUACUCAUGCCCCACAAAUUGGGUUUUUUAGUGAU